AAGAAGAAGAAAGUUUUCUGAGGAAGUUUAGCAACGUUGGUUCAAGGAGGAACCAGAGAAUGUCUAAUAAAGGGAGGAACACACCUUUUUUCACGUUUUGUGCGACCUACUCAACAGUUUGACUGAUCUCCGUGUGCAGAACUCAAUUGAGUUACUUAUUUUGAGGCUACUGAAAAUCUGCGUGGAAUCAUCUAUGGUUCAUUGUGAACAUGGAUCUCGGACUUCCGUUUAGUUCUGGCUUUAAUGUUACUGAAAUGUACCAGGUUGACCAGCUGAGGAUGAUGGUAAAGCAAGAAGAUAUAAAAGAGGAAUAUUGUCAUAUUGCUGCAUUUCAACAUGAUGAAGAAAAGCCAUUUGCAGAGCUACACUGUAGAACUGACAUUGAGACAGACGUCGCAGAGUCCAGCGGUACUGAAACACAACAGACAACGGCGGUUACGCUGAAGAAAGAAGAGGACGAAAACAAAUUCAAUUAUCUUCUGAGAAACCCCGUGUCUCUGGCCCAGAUGAACAGGGUAUCAGUGGUGCUGGUGGACUGCUGUAGGACACAAGGACGACGAGGGGAGGAGGAGGAGAUGCAGACGCAGACCAAUGGAGAUGCACAUCACAUUGAGACCAACCCCGUGUCUCUGGCCCAGAUGAAGAGGGUAUCAGUGGUGCUGGUGGACUGCUGUAGACCACAAGGACAACGAAGGAAGGAGGAAAUUCAGAUGGAGACCAAAAGAGAUGUGCAUCAAAUCGAGACCAAUACAACAGAACAGAAGAUCCUCGGACAGCAUGAUGAACUCGACCUGCAACUCAAAGGAAGGCUGCACCACUGCACCGUCUGCAGGAGGAGUUUCACGACCCUCAGAGAACUUGAGAAACACCAGCAAACACACUCUGUUAGUGCGAAUGAAAAGCCAAAGACUCAUCAGUGUUCUCAGUGUAAAAAAAUGUUUGUGUCAUCUUCAUCUCUUCGACGGCACAUGCGUACACACACUGGAGUGAAGUCUCAUAAAUGUGACCAGUGUGGAAAAUGUUUUUAUAAAUCUUCAAAUCUUAAACAUCAUAUGUUUGCACACACUACAGAGAAGCCUCAUAAAUGUAUCCAGUGUGGAAAAGCAUUUAAAGAAACUCAAACUCUUAAAUACCAUAUGCUAACACACACUGGAGAGAAGCCUCAUAAAUGUGACCAGUGUGGAAAAGGUUUUAUUAAAACUUCAAAUCUUAAAACCCAUAUGGUCGUACACACUGGAGAGAGGCCUCAUAAAUGUGACCUGUGUGGGAAAGGUUUUCCUGUAACUUCACAACUUAAAUCCCAUAUGAUCACACACACUGGACAGAAGCCUCAUCAUAAAUGUGUCGAGUGUGGAAAAGCAUUUACAGAUAUUCGAACUCUUGGAUCCCAUAUGCUAGUACACACUGAAGAGAGGCCUCAUAAAUGUGACCAGUGUGGAAAAUUUUUUAAACGAAUUCGAACUCUUAAAUCCCAUAUGUUAAUAAUACACACUAGAGAGAAGCCUCAUAAAUGUGACCAGUGUGGAAGAGGUUUUAAUCAAAUUCGAAAACUUAAAGCGCACAUGCUUACACAUUUAGGGGAGAAGCCUCAUAAAUGUGUCCAGUGUGGAAAAUCUUUUCGGGCAACCGAUCUUAAACACCAUAUGCUUAUCCACACUGGAGAGAAGCCUCAUAAAUGUGUCCAGUGCGGAAAAGGCUUCGCACUAUUUUCAAAUCUUAAUAAGCAUCUAGUUGUACACACUGGAAAGAAGGAUUAUACCUGUUCCCAGUGCGGAAAGUCAUUCGCACGCCAUCCAACUCUGAAAGCGCAUAUGCUACUGCAUACGGGAGAGAGCCCUCAUGUGUGUGCCCAAUGUGGAAGAGCUUUUGUUUUACCUUCACGUCUGAAACGCCACAUGUAUAUACAUACCGGAGAGAAGCCUCAUAUAUGCGUUCAUUGUGGAAAAGGUUUUGCACUAACAUCAAAACUUAAAUCCCAUAUGCUAAUACAUACUAGAAAGAAGCUUGAUAAAUGUGUUUAGUGUGGAAAACAUUUUCCACUGGAAUCCAACAAGCAAAUUGUGUGUAUUUUACUCCCACUAAUAUUAACACUUAACUUCACUUGGGUCAUGAAGAUCAAUUCCUACUGCUUCUUAGCUUGGUGUACUUUCGCAGCUAGCUAGCUAGCGGGGAAAUGUUUGAGUCAAUCCAGGUCUAUUCUGGCCACAACUUCAGAGAAUGCAAAUGUCAUGCUUAAUUGUUACAUGUACGAAGGGGUCCCUCAAAUCGUAUGGCUCUGAACAUUGUGCUUUCCAUUUGUUUACAGUACUGACUGCUCAAUAGAUUUUGAUUGGUUGCAAGUUGGUUACAAGAAUCAAAGGACAAGUUUGUGAGAUGCAGGGUACUGUAAAAAUAGGGGUACAAGGAGGAGGAGGAACAAAAAAAUGCAAAGAGCAAAUUUCUACUUGAUGUUUUCGUUCAUCAAAAGACAAUGAUGGAAAAAUAUGAAAUUAGCUUUGAGAUUAAAAAUGUACUUCUCCCUAAGAAC